AUGCGUGCGAACGCGCUCGUCUCCCGCCGAGCGUCGGGAUUAUCAUCGAGCACAUCAAAACACGCCCGGAACCGACGUCGACGGUGCGACGCACCGCUCAGGUCGACCGAUGCGGACGCGUUUGAGAUUCCUUUCGGUGACACAGCUGGAGCGGUCGUGACUUUGAGCGACGACAUACGCGUCACCACUGGGGACAAUGAUUUAAUUCUCGGUACGCACGACGGGAACGCGAUUCGAAUCGAGCCGGGAGAGAUUUGUGGCGUCGUCGGGGCGAACGGGAGCGGGAAGUCGACGUUGGUGAAAGUAUUGAGCGGGACGCGGGGCGCGAGCGACGGCUCGGCGCGCGUCGGGACGAGACUCGUCGGCGUAUUAGAGCAGGUCGGGGUGUCGGGAAGUACGAAGACGGUGGAAGAGGAGGCUUUCUCGAGAAUGUCGCACGUUCGAGAGGCGGAGUCGGCGAGGGAAGAUGCGCUGCGGGAGAUGGAACUCGGGCUGGAUGGCGCGGCGGAACGCCUGGCGAACGCAAACGCGCGGUAUGAAGCCGUGGGUGGAGGCACGGCGGCGAAACGCGUGGCGUCUACCCUAAAAGGAUUGGGAUUUAGCGAUGAUAUGAUGCGAGCGCCGUGCGAUACGCUGAGCGGGGGAUGGCAAAUGCGCGUUGCGUUGGCUCGAUUGUUACUCAGCCCUGCGGGAGACUCAAAAGAUAAAGGCGUAAACGGUGGGUUGUUGCUCUUGGACGAGCCGAGCAAUCACUUGGAUAGUAAAUCAAAAAUGUGGUUGGCGGAUUGGAUCAAGAAUUUCGUGGGUACCGUGGUCUUGGUAUCGCAUGACGAGGAGCUUCUCGCGUGCGUCAAUCGCGUCGUGGAGAUUCGAAGCCGCAAAUUACACAACUUCAAGGGUGAUUACACGCGCUUCUUGAAGGAACGCGAGGCUACCAACGUUGCGAUUCUGUUCACGAUUUCCGCGCGUCGGCGCGUCGCGACGAGCAUCGCGUCGGCGCGUCGGCGUCUGACGAUCGAUGUGUCGACUUUUCUCGGAAGUGGCGAUUGGUGUCGACACGCGCGCGCGUCGUUGUUACGCCGCGAUCGCGCGUUCCGAGCGCGCGGAACGUCGAGGAAUGACGAAGAACGUCGCGUGGUGAUGCGUUUUGCGACCGCAACGCGCGGAUCGAUCGAGAAUGCGCCCGCGCGGGGAUCGAUCGGUGGCGCGAUGAUGCGAUGA